UCCUCUGGCUUUCACAUUCACAUUCAUACUGGUACAUGUGCAAUGUGUGUGUAUAUACACGUGCGUGUGCUCGUGUGCACUCACACACAGAGAGAAAGUUUUAAUACUUUCCCUCAGAACUCAAAGUGAAAACCAAACCCAGUGAAGCUUACAAGACUCUGAUAAUGUACUAUCUGCUCGAUUUGUCCAGGCUCAUCUGUCGGGGGCUUCCCUAACAUCUCCCAAAAUGCCACACUCUGUCCCUAUUACUAGAGGACUCUCUUCCCAUUCAUCCUUUCUACCUGUUCAUUAUGAUUCGUCCUCAAAAUCUCAAGUAGACAUUAUGUCCUUUGACUUCUGCUGGGCAAGUGGUUUGUUUGUUUGUUUUGUUUGUUUGUUUUGUUUUGUUUUGUUUUGUUUUUUGCUUGGCUCCAAGAUGACCAAAAAAAGAGGAAACAAUUGUCGUGCCAAAAUUGGCCGCAGCCAUGUGCAGCCAAUUUGCUGCACAAACUGUGCCCAGCACAUGCCCAAGGACAAGGCCAUUAAGAGGUUGGUCAUUCGGAACAUUGUAGAGGCCACUGCUGUCAGGAACAUAUCUGAAGCAAAUGUCUUCGACGUUUAUGUGCUUCCCAAACUCUAUGUGAAGCUGCAUUACUGUGGUAUUCAUAGCAAGGAAGUCAGGAAUCAAUCCUGUGAAGCCUGGAAGGACAGAACACCCCCACCAUGAUUGAGACCUGCUGGUGCUGCACCAUGACUUGAACUAAAGCCCAUGUAAAGAGGUGGCUUCAUAAAGACAGAAGAAAAAAAAAAACACCUUUGAAAAACAAAAUGGGACUCAAAAAAAAAAAAUCUAAAGUUAACAUUUCCCUUUUGAGGUUCUCUAGUCAGCACACGAGUUACACUGUUUUGGGGGACUGAGUCUCAUUUGCCCUCUCUCAAGGUUCAGUCACACCCCACCAGAAGCCACAUUUCCACCAUAAUCAGGCCAUCCUGAGCAGGAAUGUGCCAAGGAGCUAGCUCAUCACCCAAGGAGGCUCAUUAGCUUCCCUUAACCCAGAGGUCUGGCGAAAGAGGUUAAAGACAGCCUCUUGCUCAGGGAACGAACUGGGGAGCUGUGGGGUGGCCAUAUUCCCUUUGGGGUGAGUGGGGGCUAGUUCACAGAAAGCGAAAGCAAGAAGCAAAGAGAGGACUGCGGAGGCGCUCGGGAGCGUUCUAUUUCCUGCUUGCAGUCCCAUCCUGACGUGUCUACAUCCUUCUUUUUCCAAAUCCCUUUUCUUCAGAGCUCAAUUAUCUUUUGUUUCUAAUACCCAAAGGCCAGAGGAGGACACUGGGGGCCUGCUCUAUCACUCUCCACUGCGUUCCUUUGAGACGGGGCCCCUCACUGCACCUGGAGAAGGCUGGUGCCCAGGGUGCUGGUGAUCCACCUCUCCGCUCAGGACCAGGUGACAGGUGCACGCACAGCCACGCACAGCUUUUGUUUUACGUGGCUGCUACAGUUUGAACUCAGGCCCUCACACUUGUGCUGUUGUGUUCUCUCCCAGGGAGCCAUCCAUCUCCCCAACCCAGAAAGUUACCAGUUCCUAUGCUGGAAAGUCCAGAGGGUUCGGGUUCAGACUUGAUUCACAGCUCAACAAUGCCACCAAAGUCCCCGCUUCUUUCCUUUUCUCAUCUCUGCCUUUCUCCUAAAGAUGGCUUUUGCAGAAGACGACCCUAGGUAUGUGCCAACAGCAACCCAGACUCUUCGUCCUAAGUGACAUCUAGCAGGAAUGAGAGUGCAUUUCUGUUUUAAAAGCCUUAGCCAAUUCCUA